CUCCAAGAACUCGCUGAGAGACCACGGCAAGUUGCGCACUGAUCAGAUGAUCUGGCCAUCUGUAUUGGGGAACCGCGACCAGAUUUGAGAACCCACAGCAGCCUCGGACAGCGGCCACCCAACGACUAUAAACGUAUCUCAAAGUCCUCUCCGCACUCAGAGCCUGACAAGUGCGAUCAGUUCUGGUCCAGAUUCUUGCAGCGUGCCCUAGAUUUGUGGCCGACCCGAGCACAACAACGCACACGGCUUCCUCGAAGCACGAAAGUUAUCAGAAAGCAUGUCCUCCAAAUCCGUAUCACCCCCCAGCCCUGAGGGUAAAGCGGACAAAGGCAAAAGGAUAGCCGAGGCGCCUAGUGUGGAAGACCCUGACGAAGAUCAGGACAAUACGCUUGCCCUGCUAUACGGUGAUUUUGGCGACGACGACGAUGAGGAAGAUGACGACUACGCAUCAGAUGAUGACGAAGGCGAGGAUUCCGACGAUAACAUUGUGUACGAUUCCGAGGAUGGCGAAGAUGCGCCGCCGCGCACGGCUUCUGGUUCUGCUGUAGCCAACGGGAAGCAGGCGGCUUUUACCAACAUCAACAAGAAUGAAGACGAGCAGCAGGAGGAUGGUGAUGACGAGGAAGGAGAUAAGGAAGAGUUGGAUGCAGAUGAGAUUGCGGGAGAAGUGCAGGAACUGCUAGAAGAGGCCCAGGAGUCGGGAGGUGGCGAGGAUAUGGUGCUUGGUCUGAGAUCUGGCAAACCACUGUCGAAGUCGGGCGCGAAUACGGGUAGCCCGUCUAAGGGCUCAUCUUCAGGAGCUGGGGCAUCUUCAUCGUCAUCGUCGUCCUUGAAGAGAGCCAGGGCUGACACAGACUCAACAGGGCAGCGCGCAACGAAGAAGUCGAAUUAGGCUUUUAUAGUAU